AUGGAAAGAAAAGGGUUAGAGAGGGCCAGGGGGCCUGCAGUGCACAUGGUGACGGAGUGGACAGGUUGUGCUGAUGACCAGAGGUGGGGAGGGGAGGAGUAUUCUUGGAUCAGAGACAGUGGUCGCAUGCAGAACUCAGAGGGAGGAUCAGACUCAACGACCAGCGUGACAGCGCUACGGACAUCAUCAUCAGCCCAAGCUCCUGUGGUACAGCCCGUCCCAGCCUCCCAGCAGAGGGUGCUGGUUCAAGCCACAGGCUCAGCUCAGAAGGGAGGACAAGUACAACAGCUUUCAGUACCCAGGGUCCAACAGGUCCCUCAGCAGGUGCAGCAGGUGCAGCAUGUCUACCCAUCCCAAGUCCAGUAUGUUGGAGAAAGUGGAGAUGCUGUAUAUGCCAAUGGAACAAUCCGAGCAGCUUACUCCUAUAACCCUGAGACCCAGCUGUACGGUCAGAGCAGUGGGGGCACCUACUUUGACUCGCAGGCGGGCGGAACUCACGUCACCACCGUGGUCUCCUCUGCCAGCGGUGGCGUGCCCCCUCAUGGCAUGGUUGGCAUUGCCAUGGAUGUGGGCAGUAGCCAUAUCAUCUCCAGUGGCAGCACCUACCUGAUCCAUGGCGGGAGCAUGGAGGGAAACCGAAACCACAUUUCACACUCAUCACGCUCCUCCUCAGCUAUGCUUGAAAUGGCGAUUGAAAACCUCCAAAAGUCUGAAGGAAUUGCAAGUCACAAAAGCAGCCUGCUCAACAGCCAUCUCCAGUGGCUGCUGGACAACUACGAGACAGCAGAAGGAGUCAGCCUACCCCGAUGCUCCCUGUACAACCAUUACCUGCGGCACUGUCGGGAGCAGAAACUGGAUCCGGUCAACGCUGCCUCCUUCGGCAAACUCAUCCGCUCCGUCUUUAUGGGCCUGAGGACCCGCCGCCUUGGCACCAGAGGUAACUCUAAGUAUCAUUACUAUGGCAUCCGGGUGAAGCCAGACUCCCCGCUCAACCGACUGCAGGAGGACACCCAGUACAUGGCCAUGAGGCAGCAGCCUGUUCACCAGAAACAGAGGUUCAAGCCUCUACAGAAGGUGGAUAGCAUGUCCGACAGCCUCUGUGGGAGCUCUCAGCACUGCAGCAGCACUCCGGAGCAGUCGGUGGCGGCUCAGAGCCAACACCACCAGCAGUACAUAGAUACAUCUCACACCUUGCCUCCAUUUCCCACUCCUGACUUGGGCACCCAGCCUCUGCCUGAGCGCAUCAACAUGAAUGACAUCAAGAAGUUGCAAACACUCUACAGAGACCACUGCGAGGCCACUCUGGAUGUGGUGAUGAACCUCCAGUUCCACUACAUUGAGAAACUCUGGCAGACCUUUUGGUAUUCAACACCGCCAUCUAGUGAUGGGAGCACCACCAUCCCCAACAGUGACGAGGAUGUGGAAGGUGUGAUAUCCAGAGAGAAGCUGCUGGCUCUGUGUAAAUAUGAACCAGUCAGACUGUGGAUGAGGAGCUGUGAUCACAUCCUCUACCAGGCCCUGGUAGAGAUCCUCAUUCCCGACGUGCUGCGCCCUGCUAUCCGAAACUUUGCCAAGAGUCUGGAGGGCUGGCUGACCAACGCCAUGGCCAGCUUCCCGCAGGAGAUCGUUCGCACUAAGGUGGCGGUGGUCAGCGCGUUCGCUCAGACUCUGAGACGUUACACCAGUCUCAACCACCUGGCCCAGGCAGCGCGCGCCGUGCUGCAGAACACCUCCCAGAUCAACCAGAUGCUCUCUGACCUCAACAGGGUGGACUUCGCCAACGUGCAGGAGCAGGCGUCGUGGGUCUGCCAGUGCGACGAGAGCGUGGUCCAGCGCCUGGAGCAGGACUUUAAGGUCACCCUGCAGCAGCAGAGCUCUCUGGACCAGUGGGCCACCUGGCUGGACAACGUGGUCUCCCAGGUCCUGAAGCCGCACCAGGGCAGCCCCAGCUUCCCCAAAGCCGCUCGCCAGUUCCUGCUCAAGUGGUCCUUCUACAGCUCCAUGGUGAUCAGAGAUCUGACCCUGCGCAGUGCGGCCAGCUUCGGCUCCUUCCAUCUGAUCCGCCUGCUGUAUGACGAGUACAUGUUUUACCUGGUGGAGCACCGCGUGGCCCAGGCCACCGGAGAAACCCCCAUCGCCGUUAUGGGAGAGUUCAGUGACCUGAGCUCCAUGAUCCCAUCUCUCAUGGAAAAGGACACAGCCUUCUCUGAGAUGAGUAACCUGGGCAGCGACGCCGAUGAGGCCAGAGGGCCUUCGGAGCCGGCCGUGAAGAGGGAGCGCAUCGAAAUGAGCCACCCUCUGCAGGAGAUGUGAGUCCUUUCCGGAAGCCCCCGGGGGGAGCGGCAUCUCCACGAGAGGGAAGAGUUGGCUCUUCUUCUGCAGUCAGUGUGCAAUGUAAAUAGAGAAGAGUGUAGCAGCGCCGGGUCUCCCCUCUAGUGUUUUAAGGGCGACGGAACCUUUCUUUCCUUUUUAACCCGCGGGAUUUGUAACACGGCUCUGAUUGCUUCCGUUUCUGUUGCAACUGUGAAAGAAUCAUUUUCGUGCAGUACCUUCUUAUUGGAUAUGUAACUUUGAGUGGUGGUGUUUGUGAUUCGUCUUAUCUCCUUUUUUUUUUUCCUUCUCGUUUUGAAUUUCAGUUAGCUGUGCCAUAGUGUCAUUUCAGUGCCUUAGAUCGCUAACUUUGAACCCACCACUGCAGAUGUCUGUCCCUCAGCUGUGCCUCUACAGCACUAUGAAUGUAUUGUCUCCAAACCUCAAACAUUCGAAGCACCUUUAACCUCGAUCAGGUGUCCAUGUGCUCUUCUUGUUUCCUCCGCUGCGGCUCGUAGCAGAAGCAUGAAAAAGGGUAAAAAAAAUAAAAUAAAUAGGAACAAGCAGCCUACUGACCCAAAGGACGUUCCCCUCAGUUAUUCCCACCAGCUUAGUCAAACCCAUGCCCCGUCUUUUUCAGACAGCAGGACUUCGUAACGUGGCCGUGGUCGGGAGCUUGGCGAUGUAAGCCGUUUGCUUCGUUUACCUCAGACCUCGUUCCCGCGCUCAGCUGGGCUCCGACAACAACGGGAGCACCACGCAAAUGUAGCCACCGUUCUGUUGUGCGUCGCACUCCUGUACAUAGUUUUCCACGUUGGUCUCAAACCCGGGUAAGGAUCCGCGCACAGACCCGUGGUCGUUUUCUCUGUCAGCCCAGAGCUCUAAGAAACCCAGAGCAAUCAGUUUAAUGGACACGGGAUGUUAAAUACAAUACACGCCAGAGCUUUGGACCUGUAAACCAAAACUUUUACACGCAGAUAGGAUCGGGUUGGCAUCUCAGCCAGCACACACUCCCCAGAUAUCAUAUACCCUGACCUCAUGCUGUUACUCAGUUAAAAUCUUAUAUUCUGUUUGAAUAAGAUAGGAAAAAUACAGUGUGCUAUUUGGGAAUUUGUUUAUGAUAAAUGAUAUAUAUAUAUAUAUAUAUGAAAAUAUAUAUAUAUAGAUUGAUACAUAUAUAUCUUUAUAUGAUUUAGAAAGUGUGUGCUCUGUGGCCUAAUCUCUCUGUACUCGUCUGGUCACAUUGUAUCAGAAGAAAAUGUUUCGAUGUGUAAAUGAUUUAGAGCGACAUGUAUAAUUCACUUGUUCUCAAUUCCCAGUUAAAUGGAUGGAAAUUAGUCAAUUAAAUUUAGUUAGUGGUGCUGCUUUUGCCCCCAGUAAAAUAUUAAACUGUCCCAUGGAAAGAUCCUAUUUAUAUGAACUAAUCCGAUUGGAUGGACUUCGGCUUUGUGUUGGAAUAUGUUUGGGUGUUUAAUUGGUUCCCGUUGACCCCACCUCCUCUGUCCAAGAUGAUUUGGUUGUAGCAACGAGAGUCUCAUGAGUUUGACUUAUUUAAGGCUUUUUGUAACUUGUGCCUGUCACAGUAAUUUGCCUUAAAGUGCUUUGGAAAAAAAUAUAUUUGUGUGUACUUUGUAAUGUUUUGUAUGGCUGUUUAGAUCUUUUGGCGGAGGAUUAUUUUUUAUUGAACUAGGUUCUUCUUACAAGUAUACCGAACCCUUAUUUUUGUCUUUUUAAACCUGUUCUUGACUACACUUUAACUAGCUUACGGACAGAUGAUGGUCUGUAACAAACUGCAUAGUUCAGCUGUAUUUUGUACUUGGUCACAAUGUGUAAUAAACUGGUGAAAACUGA